AUGGCCCGUGUUGAGCUAGUAAGACUAAGUCUUACGUUGGCCAGGGAUGAUAAAAGUCGUCAACUACUCGAAGCAUUUGACAGUACUUUUGCCCCAAAAAUAGCCCUAUUUUACCAGGACUUUGAUAAACAAUUGGGUGCCGUUGGGGGCGAUGUCAAGCGCAGGCCAAUGGACGAGACGGUAAUUGACUAUCAGCUAAUGAUUUUCCGCGAAAUGAACCGUGGUUCAUUGGUACGUAUGAUGUUGGUAAACUUGGUGCCCAAAUGGCGUUUACUACACGUAUGGGAAUAUCUCAAAAGUCAGCCCCAGUAUCGGCCCAGUCCUCUGUCCGACAAAUUGUUGCAAUUGGACUUUGAUGUGAAAGAGUCUGUGAAUACGUAUAAAACUAUUAUUGAUUUAAACGCUAAGAAUAUUACGGCCGCCGGAGAGCAAGAGCUGAUCCAAUUGGCCAAAGAAGCCAAUGAAUUGCAUUAUUUUACUAAUAUCAACCCCCAUAGCGUGCCCGCCCCUAACCCCCAAUUUGUUUUUACCUAA